CUCCGAACCACCGCCAUCAAUUACCCGCCGGCAGCAUCUGCUAUCUGGCCCUUAAACUAGCCUUGGAUUGUGCAGGGCCCUUGUCUACCCGCGCUUUGUCUCGCGCAUCUGCUUUUCCCCAAUGUCUCGCCUGGUCGACGACGAUCGGGAGAUGGACCGGGUGGAGGAUGCAACUGCCGUUGACGAUGGAGAGCACGCUCGCCCGCGCAAGAGAACCAGACGAGCAUGCGACAAGUGCAGCUCGUCGAGAACAAGAUGCGACGGUGAAUUUCCUUGUCGAAGAUGCGCCGGUAAGAAUACGGCUAUGCUUGCCACUACAAUCGCGAAGUUAAGAAGCGCGGUCGCCUUCGUGCCAACGACGCAGCCAAACGGGAGCAAACGUCGCCAAAGGCAGACACUGCUCAACCGACGACCAAGGACUCGCCCGCAGCGCCAUCACCUUCGUACUCGUCGCCAACCCCUCGAAUGUCGAUUCCACCUAUUUCUGAGGAGAGAGUUGGUGGUUUUCGACCCAUCAACAACCAUCAAUCCCCGUCAUCGAAUGAUUCGCCCCUGCUAAAAGAUGCCAGCUAUGCUCCCAAUCCGCCACAGAACCGGACGUCGGCGCACCUAAACAUCACAUCCUUGGUCAAUGCCAGCUAUCAGUCACAUCAACCAUCUAACCAAAUGUCUCCUCCGGGCGCUCUCCCAGAUGGACGAGAUCGGGACAUUGGUCAGUCGGAGGGCUACCCAUCUCCUGCCCAAGCUUUUCAGCCCAGUGAACACGGCGGCCGGCGCGAGCACAGGCCGUCGUUCCAUUCAAACGCUAGUAACGAGCGAAUCAGGGAGUCUUUAAGCAGCUCUGCCGGUCGACGCGAUACCUAUUCACAGGAAGGCUACUCAAGAAACAAGACCGACGACUGCCAAUACAAAUUUCUGCAGCCCGUGCUCCCGUACAUCCGACAUAUCAUCUCUCCUGCAGUUGCCUGUGAGCUACUCGACAUUUUCCUCACGGAUCCAGGCAGCUCGCUCUUCCGCGGCGCAUCGCCUUACAUUCUUACUAGGAUCUUCCGAAAAAAGUCUAUCCUGCAUCCGACAAACCCGCGAAAUACCACUCCAGCACUAUUAGCAACAAUACUGUGGUGUGUCGCUCAAACAGCAGACGUCAUGGUCCUACAUGUCCCGGGAACACGCGCUCGUAUAGUCAAUGAGCUUUACAAUGUCGCAACUGCUUUGGUUUCAGAGCGUGACCCUGACAGAUGGAGGAGAAUUCACGGCGGCCUUUCUGCGGAAAACGAUGCUCCUCACCCUGGACAAAUUGGUUCCGCCAUUCUGCCAACGACAAGCGUCGCCAAUGAGCCAGUGGGGUUGGUGGACGAUGUCCUUACCUUUAUUCUGCUGUCCAUUGCGGUUUCUGGUGGCGACUUCAAAUCCGACUGUUAUAAGUGGUGGUCCAAGGCUGUACGGUUGGCGUUUUCUCUUCGACUGCAUCGCGAAGAUGAGCGCUGUACUGGACCUGUAUCACCUUGUGCAAACCCGCUUUGCACUUGCCAUCGUGAUGAGGAGCCUCGUACCAUUCAGCAGGUCGAGAGACAAGAGGAGAGGCGGCGAGUGUUUUGGCUUCUAUAUAGCCUGGAUCGACACUUGUCUUUGUCCUUCAACACCAUCGUCACCAUUCCAGAUUCCUAUCUAGAGAUUUACACUCCUCUGCCCAACGCCGUGUGGGAAAAUCUCGACUCCAUACCGUCCAUGGACUUUCCAGUCCGCGCAUACGGCCCACCCACUCUCGCUACAGGAACCGAAUUCUUCGAAUAUUUCUUGCCGUUGAUGGCUAUUCUAGGCGACAUUAUUGAAAUCCACCACCGCCGACGACAUCCACGCUUCGGUGGUCUUGAUGACGCACACUCUGUGGCUGUGGUAGCCAAGAUGCUGGCUGAUUUUGAGUACAGUCUUGAAGGCCUCUCUACCGAGAGUGCCAUUCGUGGCUAUUCAUCAGCGCCUGUAAUUUCGCUAAACGGAAAUGGUGGCCCCAUUCCGAAUUCGUCGUCCUUCUCGACGGACCAAGCCAAAGCACGUCUUGUUAAGGCUUAUUCGACGCACAUACUUCACGUCCUCCAUGUAUUGCUCCACGGAAAAUGGGAUGCACUUUCCAUGUUGGACGAUGGAGAUGAUUGGAUUACAUCGGAUCACUUUACAAAAUGCGCAUCCCACGCGGUCAUGGCGUCACAAUCCGUUUCCACGAUCCUUACCAUUGAUCCAGAGUUGACCUUUAUGUCUUAUCUAUUUGGCAUAUAUCUUCUACAAGGUAGUUUUAUUUUGCUUCUCUUCGCUGACCGCAUGCCUCAGCUUGGACCUAAUGAGUCCGUUGAGCAGGCGUGUGAGACCAUUAUCCGUGCUCACGAAGUCUGCGUGGUUACGCUCAGCACAGAAUUCCAGAAAAAUUUCCGCAAAGUGGUUCGGUCAACAUUAUACAGCGUUCGUGGUGCUGGUACGACCAACUGGGAGGAGCACAGAGCAAGACGCAGAGCGCUCUCACUCUACCGAUGGACCAAAGGUGCAAAAGGGCUUGCUCUUUAAUCCUCAAUGGUCUUCAGAGCCACCUUGUUCUAAUUUUUUCUUGUAUAUAUCUUCUUCUUUUUUUUUACUUUUUGGUGUUAGGUAUUGUUGCAAGCAUAGCGGUAGAUAGUGUAUGGGUAUGUGUGAUGUAAAUAUUAUUUUCUUAUCCAAAUCUCAUUGAAAGCUUGAUAUAUUUACACCCACAAGUUCUAAGACUUUAAAAAUAUAUCUAGAAAUUUUAUUCCGUAAAAUAUCUUCGCAGGUCGUAGGUUCAAUGUCUAUUCACAGUCGUAG